AUGAGUGAUAAAUUACUUCGUCUUGAAGACCCUUUGCGAAAUAAUUCCUCUGUAUCAAAUUGUAGUGAUGGAAGUAUUCUAAAUGGUGAUGCUCCACUAAGUCAGAACCCUCUAUAUAUAUCACGGAAUUAUUCUAACGGUCAUGCUACAGGAUCUGAGAUAUUGGAAGAUUGUGAUCGCGAUUUCUCCACGAAACCGGUAGUGACAAGGCCUACACUUGGUGAUAAGCGGAACAGCACUGCUACGGGGAGCAGUAGUAGUGGAAUCGGUACGAUGCCUGGUGGAUCUAAUCGUUCUGGGUCUAACGUUCCCAGUUUAAACUCAUAUGAAAAAGAUAAGCUGUCGCAGUCUUCCCGUGACAGAGAAAGACAGUCGAAAAUAUCAGUCGUCAGUCAAGACCAUUCUAAUGAUAAUCAAAAUAAAUCUAGAGAUAUAUACCGCACCCAUCUCACUGAUUCACAGUUAAUGAGACGCAAAACGUACGGGAAUUCACGUACUGGUAGUCCUUCAGUGAGCACAGAUACUAACUCCGAAGCCCAUGUUCUCAAUGACAAUUCUUCUAAUGAUCAGUCUGCCUUAUCAAGAUCUAGAAAACGUGCAAGGAGUGAAGUCCCUAGAAUGGGAUCUUCUGGUUCAAAUAAUCUGUCAUCAAACCCUCUGCUUAGAUCUGUUAAUGAUGAUCAGGAAGACAGUGAAGAUGACGAAAGAGUUGCAUUAAAUAAAGGUAACUCACGUUCAGAUAUUGAAGAAGAUGGAUUUCAUACUGGAAAUGAUUUUGAUGUAGCGCUACGAGGUAGGCAACGCCGUCAAACAUUUCAGUUGAACAGCCGGCAAAGAGAUUCAUCUUUAGGAGGAUAUGCACGUUCGGCUGCCUACGGAUCAACAGGUGGAACUCUGCCUCGUCGUCAACGUAUGACAGGUAGUUUAACCCGUGCUACGACAAUUAGUGGUGUUGAUCCACAUGGAACUCUAAGAUCUGCGUGCAGACUUGCUCAGUCUAUUCGUACUGGUGUUAUUCCACCUCCACCAUCUGAACCACCUCCUGCUACACCACUGUCAGGCUCUUUAAUGUCUGAGUUGGAGUCUAUCGGCCCGAAUACAGUAACCGGUUUACUAAAUCCCUUUGCACUACAAUUACACAAUUCCCAACAACAGCAGCAGCAAGCUUUGGCAGCUGCAGUGGCAGCCGCUAGUGGAUUUUCACAAGUAAUACCAAAUGUCAAUCAAAGUAAUCUAACCAAUACAUACAUGCUCAAUCCUGCACUACUUAAUGCCGAGACAAAUAAAUUACUCCAGUUGCAACAGGCAAAAUUAUUAGCUCAGCAUCAAGUUGGUUUGGUUGAACAACAGCUACGUCAACAACAGCAGCAGCAACAACAACAACAGCAACAGCAAUUCCUAGCUGCUGCUGCCGCUGCCAGUAGUCUAAUGCAACAACAAUCUAUGAAUGGUCACAAUGUGGCGAAUGCAUCGUAUAUCCAAGGUUUUGGUACCUAUGGACGUACGUCUCGACCUGGAUCCGCGAUACCACCUUCUAUGCAGGCAUAUUUAUCACCCGCGAAUCUAUUAUCUGCUCAACAGCAGCAACAGCAACAACAACACUUGGAACAAAAUCAAUUAUUGUUGACCAGUGAUCAAAAUGUACAAAUGUCCACAUUUAAUUUUACCGGUUCUCCAUCAGUAAAUUUAAAUUUAAACUCAGAACAAAAUGAAGUGAGUGCCAGCAAAUCGCCUUCAGAAUGUGGUGCCAAUGGUGGUGGUGGUGGCUCAGGUUCGGUGGUUUACGAAAAUUCCUACAGUUCAUUCAAUAAACUUUUAUCGAACAAUAUCUUGCCAAAUGUAUCACUCUGUCAAACUGGUUUACAGUCAUUCAUCUCUACUAAUGCCAGUAAUCCAAAUGAUGCGAUAUACCUGGGUACAGGACAAAAUGUAUCUAUGAUGAAUAAUGGUACAAUUGGACAUGACAACAGCGCAACUGUCAACUGCCCAUCUCUUGUUCAGACGUUUAUAUCUGCCUCACAACAACAACAACAACAACAACAACAGCCGAAUCGUUCUAACAAUCCUGGAUUAGUUGACUCAACAAGAAGUAUUGAACCGACUUAUUCGACGACAACUGACGCAUUGCGUGGUAAAGGCAAAAGUCAUUCAGACUCAGUGGUUGUGGUUGAAAGGAAAUCAAAGCAUCAUUGUCCUUGGUAUUAUUGGAUUAUCAGUAUAUUGAUAUUAGCUUUUCUUUUGGCACUUGUACUGGCUGUAUCGUUUUCAGAGGAGAAAAAACGUUUGGAUUAUCGAUUACAAGAGCGAUUUGCCCAGGAUCCUGCAAUUAUUGGUCUCUUCGAUCCCACCUCUCCUCCGUAUAUUCUUGAAGCAAAUAAACCUGUAAAUAUUAUCCUUGAACCAAUGAAAUCAUGGUCAGGCCAAUGGCAUAUGCCCACAGCACGAUAUAUACGUUAUAACAUUACAGUAUCGUCAUUCGCUUCAUCUAUCGGUGUUUUCAUGCGGCAUAAUACUAUGCCUACUAUAGUACACUAUGAUAUAUUCGACAGGAUCACAGGGCAUAAUUUACUGGCGAAUUCUGGCCGACAACAAUUAGGUAGUCGUACGAAGCGAUCUGCACCGUCAAACAGAAUAACAAAGUCUCUACUACAAGUCGGUUCAAACGAGGAAACACGUGAAACUGGACGUUUGCAUUAUUUAGAUGAAGGUAUCUGGUUUCUGGCCUUAGUUAACGAUCAGCCUAGACGUGAACCAAUCACUUUCUCUAUCGGAGAUGCAGUGAUGAAGCGGGGCUGUCCAAACGACUGCAGUAAUCGUGGUGUCUGUGAUGCAGGUGUCUGUGACUGUGUAAACGGAUUCAAGGGUCCGGAUUGUUCAAUAGCUGAAUUGCCGAAAGUAUGCAGUGGACACGGUGAUUAUGCAUCUGGUGCUUGUCGAUGUUAUCCUGAAUGGAAAGGUCAAGAAUGCCAGACGCUAUGGUCUGAGUGUGAAGAUCCAACGUGUUCUGGUAAUGGUCGUUGUGUUGUCGGCGAAUGCCAGUGUUAUGAUGGUUAUGCAGGCAAUACAUGCCAGACACGUACAUGCAUCUCAUCUAAUUGUUCUGGACAUGGAGUUUGUAUGGAUGGAAAUUGUCGGUGUUUUACUGGUUGGUCAGGUAUAGGCUGUGAGUUACCUAUACCAAAUCAUAUAAUGAGCUCAGAAUUAAUUCAGCCCUCCUCUGGUCCAUCGUCUGCCGGUAAAAAUAGUAAUGGAAAUGGCAAUAGUAAAAUGUCGAAUCGGCUGAUGAUGAAAUCGUCAUCUUCGCCGUCUUCUUCAUCUACUAUGCGUGGCAUGACUUUAUCACCUAAAUCCGUUGGUUUGUUAUUAGAUGCUGCUGCAGAACAAGAGUGUCCACUUGACUGUGGUCCGAAUGGUAUUUGUGACUACAUCAAUGGAUAUGAACAGCCUCAGUGCCGUUGCUUUUCCGGUUGGACAGGUUCAACGUGUACUACUAAACGAUGUGAUACUCGGUGUUUCAUUAACGGACAUUGUACUAAUGGUACAUGUACUUGUAAUGUUGGAUGGAAUGGAAAGUAUUGUACAUUAGAUGGAUGUCCUGACCAGUGCAACAAACAUGGUCAGUGUGCAAUGAAUUCAGUUUCGGGUAAUUAUUACUGUCAAUGUGCCUCGGGCUGGUCUGGUAGUGCGUGUCAGAGAGAAAUUGAAACAACAUGUGAUGAUGGAAUAGAUAAUGACCGUGAUAAUCUAAUCGAUUGUUUAGACCCGGACUGUUGUACAUCAACUCAUUGUGAUCGACUGAUUAAACUUGAUUCAAAUGCUGGUGGAUUAGCGGCUGAAAAUGCACAACAAAGUUGUGCACACAGUGAACCAUUUGAUUAUUAUUUGUUAAUUACACCAGUUGCCCCAUUGGGUAGUGCAUUCUAUGGUCAAUUGGAAUUUUUGUUAAGACGUGAAAGUAUUGUUGUAGUGAAUUUUGAUCCAAGGCGUAUUUCCGUUGUCCGUGGUGUUGUACGUCAAUGGGAUGGAACUGUCUUCUGGGGUUGCCGGGUAUCUGAUCGUGCAAAUAUGCAAAAUGGGUAUACAUUAACUGAUAAGAAUGGCAGAUUUGAUUUACCAGUUGAUGGGGGAACCAUUGUCCAGUUAGAAUUUCUACGCUACCCAACUGACCAGUUUUCAGCAGUACACAAUCUAUAUGUACCUGUUAAUCAGAUAGUGUAUAUGGGUGAUUUUUAUAUGUAUGAUGCUAAACAAUUGGCAAGUAGUUCUCCUUUUUCAACUGGUGGCAGUGGAUCUGUAGCCUUGUCCAAUCUGUUGUUAGGUGUUGGGACUGGUGAUACCGGGGGUACACACGCUUUAUCAUCAAUACACAGUGAUCUAUGGAUAAUGAAGAAUAUCAUGUUUCAAGUAUCUCAUAAGAAUAUAAUUUUACAAAAGUCAUGUAUCAACGGAAAUGUACACGAUAUAAUUACACUCGGUGGGCCUUAUGUACAGAUAAAUUCACUGAUGGACAUUUCAACUGUUUGUUUGGAUAAACAAGGCAUUAUCUGCAUAAGAAAUGGUGCAUUAAUCUACAAUAUUCCCAUAAAGGAUACACAACUACGUCUCAUAUAUCGAUCUGAUCGUACUAUUGGCUACAAACCGGGCAUAUUGAUUCAUUUACUGGCAUCGAAUCGUGCUCCUCCAAUGAAUCUGAAAGAAAUUCAACUUGUAAUUGAUAUUGCCGGUCAACGUCAUAUUGAUAUUUUGGAACCUGAGCCUGGUUUAUCAAAAUCUUUUUACUGGAAUAAAACAGAUGGUUACAAUCGAUCUGUUUAUGGUUUAGUUGAUGCUAAAGUAUCUGUUGGUUAUGUGUAUACAAAUUGUCCACGUGUAUUCUGGGAACAUAGACUUGUUCAAAUAACUGGUAAUGAACUUAUCAGUUCAGAUUUGGCUAAUUGGAAUUUGAAUAUCCUGCAUACAUACACAGUCAAUCAUGGUAUUGUCUAUCGCGGUGACGGUUCACAUCUCUAUUUGAAACAAACGGACUGGCAUAUUAAUCCAGUUGUCGGAUUAACCGAACAACGUAGGCUACCAAACGAUUGUAGUGAGUGUUCUAUUGGUGAUAAGCCAUCUCGGCAAUUACCUCUACGUAAUCCCCUUUGUCUGUUUACUGACUCCGUUGGCAAUCUUCUUGUCGGAGAUGGUGGAUACCUACGAUGGAUGAAUUCUACGAAAUCAAAUGAAGAGUUGAGUUCAUCAUCCUCUGGUCAGUCACCCUCGUCAUCGUCAUUUAGAAUGCCUCUAAUAAGAUCAGAUUCAUUGAACAGCCAUAUUCAGGAACAACUGAAGCGUAAUGAUCGUAGAAUAUGGGAAAUGUUUGGAGACUACAAACUUGACUUCCUUCAGUCUAAUUUUGAUGAAGACCAAUUGGCCGGCUAUUUUAUUGCUGCACAUCCGAGCUAUGCUUAUCGUACAAACGAUUAUUCUAUGCUUACAACACCAUUAGGCAGUAGUGGGAAUAUCGGAGGACUCGACUUCUCUAAUGGAUUAUUUCUGUCAGAUACUAACAGUAAAAGUAUUUGGUGGCUGAAAACCACACCUAAGCUGUCAGCACACGUAUUAAUUGGUGAAGCAUGCUCAUUACCAGAGUCUAAAUCAAAUAUCAUCUCAGAAUCCUCGUCUUCAGGAUCAUCAUCAUCAUCAUCAUCAUCGACUUUCAAUUACCAAGAAUUCUGUGCUAAACAAGAAUUGAAAUCACCUAAGGGUAUUGUUGCUACACAAAUGGAGCUGUACUUUAUUGAUUCCCAGUCAAUUUGGUCAUUACCGCUACGUCAGACUAGUGCCAACUCCAUUCCAUCUCCUCGACUUGUAAUUGGUGGUAAUCCCAGUAAUUCAUGGAGUAAAAAGUCAGCCACGUCGGCAAAUACAACCACAACGAAUAUAAGUGGCAGCAGUGCAUCUGGAUCAACAAAAACAACUACUACUACGACUUCUUCAACACCGCCUUGUGAUCGAUCUGUCACUGGUCAUCAAAUAUCGUUGAAUAAUCCUAAACACCUAGUGUUUAAUCCCUUGGAACAGACGCUAUAUUUCUCAGACGACAAUUAUGUUUAUCGUUACCAUCUUGUCAGUCAAAUGGUAUCAUUGGCAGCUGGACGCUUGAGUGGUUGUCCUAUUAAAACAGACGAUUGGAGUUUUGCUCCAUUGGCUACACAAGUCGAACUGGAAGAAAUUCGCGGUCUCAGUGUCUCACCACAAGGUGAUCUAUUCAUAGCACAAUCUCAGCGUAUAUGGGUUCGUCGGUCAGCUGAUAAUCGUUUGUAUCCAGUAGCCGGCAAGUCACCUGAUAAACAGACAAAAGCUGACACUGAAAAUUCAAAACAAGCUAAUUUCAAUAUUCAUCAUCUGGAUGAAAUUGAUUUAGGAUUAGCUAAAGAAUUUGUAUUCGACAGUAUCACUGGUAUAAGUGUCAGUUUAUUCGGUGAAUUAUUUGUAGCUGAUAAUGUUCACAACAGGGUCUAUCGUGUUCACUAUCAGUUACCAGAGAAAUCAGAAUUGAGCAACACAUAUCGAAUAUUACAUUCACAAACAGAUGAAAUCGACUCAUUCGGUUCCUACGGUCAGUUGAUAUCUACAGAGAGUGCUUCUACUCAGAUGAUAUCGCAUAGGUUAGAAUAUCGUAAUAAUGAGAUAAGCGGUUGGCUGUCACAAAUUCGUGGUGAUGAUCACAGUAUUAAAUUGAGUAUACACCGAGACACGCACGGGAAUCUGCUGCGUUUACAAACACCGACAGGUCGUUUGUACAAUGUAACACUGGAACCUGGCUCUGGACAACGCAUCAGUACACUGAUUGAUCCAAUUAACGGAGGCUCAUGGAAAUUUCACUACUCACAGGAUGGUCUUUUAACUCAUGUGAAAAAUCCUCAAGACUCAGGUUAUGUACAGUUUCAUUAUGCUUCUGAAUCAGGUCGCUUAUUGUAUAUUACAUAUCCGAAUGAGAAAUCUAUUGAUGUAACCAAAGCAGUAAGAAAUCAGAUCCCAGUGAAUAUGCGAUAUGAUGCAAAUCGAAAUAAUGCCCCUGGUGGUCUUAGUGACUCAUCGAACCUUCCUGACCAUUUGAAUACUGUAAUUAUGAUGCAAACAAGUGAGUCAAAUAAACAAGUAAUGGAAGUGGACUAUGGUGAUACAAAUAAUCUAUGGAAAGUUAGUCUAAGUCAAGUCUAUCAUAUUCAAAAGGAUGAAUACAGACCAGUUGAAUUAAUCAGGCGAAUUACAAUACCUGGCAAUACAAUUAGAAAUGCAAUUGAACAUGUAGAUGUGUGGACGUACUACCUGAAUGCUGAAAACAAUCCUAGGCUAUCGGUUGAUGGUUAUUCCUCAUCAGGCAUUCAUACUAGUAAAAACUCACAAGCCUAUAACUUUUUCAAUAAUCACUUUAAACGCAGUGUUUCAGAACAAGGCCAUCAAUAUGAAUCUAAUUUGUUAAAUCGUUCAAAACGUCAAAUUUCUAAUCAAUAUCUCCGAAGAUUUUCACCUCGAUCUGAUUAUAACCGUAACAGUAAUAAUAAUAAUAACAAUAAUUUCGGUGAAGAGGUGGACUGGCAUUAUCAGAAGACUUUAAAAGUGAAUGGGCAAAGUCUGCUGAAUGUGAAAUUCAACUGGGCGUUACAAUUAGAAACUUAUCAACAUGCUUCAACUGGACAUAUUCUCCUACAAAUUGUUUACAAUGCAAAUUUUCAACCAAUGAUUUUCAAUGCUUCUACAAGUUAUCUACACUCGACAAUAAUGACAGCUGGGCAUGAAACGUCGUUGUCAACGAAAUCCGAUUAUAAUAAUAAUAAUAAUAAUGGUUAUGCACGACCGGCUACACUGACUCUUGCUUAUACAAAGACGGGACAUUUGAGUGCAGUUGAAUGGGGUAAUGCAAGCUAUCGAUUUUCGUACGAUGCAUUGAAUCGACUGAAAGCAGCCGAUUUAGGCAGACCUACAGAUACUGUAUCAUUUCAAUAUGGAAAUCCGAAUAUCCCUUACCAGCCAACAAUGAUUUCUGUUAGCGGAGCCGGUCUUUACACCUUGUUGUAUUCCGAUAGUCCUUUUGGUACUAAUGAACAUCAAGUACUGCACUCGUCAUCAUCUUCGUCUUCAUCUACAUCGUCAUCAACACGAAAUUAUAUGGGUCUUUCUGGAAUAAUUACUCCAUCGGGUCUAAGACGUCAAUUCAGAAGAAUUAAUGGAUUAAAAGUUAAUCGGCUGAUGUUCACGCCUUGGCCAGAUUCACCUGGUGCCUGGACUUAUGAAUGGGGUAGUGAUGUGAGCGACUCAACAAAAUUCUCGUCGGAUAGUAGUUCACAUCUACUACGUUUCAUUUGGCCAAGUAAUUAUAGACGUAUAUCCGUAUUACCUAAGCAACAUUUUAUUAUCUAUGAUAAAACGUCAAUUCGAUGGGAUCCCAAUGGACUGAAGCAACCAGUGAAUAUGUUAACCGCCCCACUUGUCCAGUUAACUGAUAGUGCAUCUGGCUUUCGUCUACAGUAUCAACGAACAUUUCAAGGAAGUCUGCUACAAUCAUUACACAUAAAUCAACGCCUACCUGGUGUACGCAAUGCUCAUCCUAAUCUCGGUGGUAUCUUAAACGCAAAAUUCACUUAUGGUUAUGAUUUAAAUAUGAAUCUUGUAAGCAUUCAUACCUCAUUGUUCAUACGACAAAAUGAUGAAGCUGACUUCAGCAAUACUAUUCACCCAGACGACAAGACAGUAUUGAAUGAAGAGUCAUCAAUUCGAUUGGAUUCAUUAACUGGUCGUCUAAUAACAAUGAAUGAAUUCACUAUCAAUCACCAGUCGUCUUCAUUGCAUAUCACACACAAUUUGAAAAAUAUCCAACUGUAUCGUCAAUGGGAUGAUCGUCAACGUAUUGUACAAUGUGUAUUGUAUUCAUUGAACACUAGACGUGAACUACUGUAUAAUCUGUCAUUAUUAUAUCAACCGAAUGCACUUCAAGCAUUACGACAACGUGAAGAACGUGAAGGUCAAGUACCACGAUGGAUUACAUAUGUACACGGUCCAGGUGGACGUUUAGAAGCUGUCGAUCGUGAAGAAGCUGGUACAAGUUUACGAUCUCAUAGCCAGUUGAUACACAAUGCUGAAGGGAGAAUAGCUCAUCUACGUAUAGCUACGUCAGAUCCUCAACUACCAUUGAAUGAAAGAUUAGAGGCCGGGUCAACAAGUCGAUCCGAGGAGUUGCAAUUCAUCUAUGACUCAAGAGGCUUGCUAACACGGCGUGGUAAUUGGCACUAUAGUUUUGAUGAAGACGGCUUUCUAACUAAACGUUAUCUACACAACUUUUAUAUAACAGAUCAAUUUGCGUAUAACAGUAAAGGAUUAUUGAUAUGGGCAGAGCGUACAGUAGAUAAACGGGUUGAUUCCUCAGCUUCGGAUAGUUUUCAUUCACCAUCCUCGGAUCAAUGGGCUUUAGAAGAUGAUGCUGGUUUGAGACGGUCGUAUUCAGUUCAAUUUGUAUACGAUUCUGAAGACCGAUUGAUUAUUGUACGCGAUACACUAGUUGUACGUGAUUUAGUCCAAUACUUUUAUGCUGAUCCUAAUCAUCCUAUGCGUUUAACGCAUAUCUUCAAUCAUGGUCGGCUUAAAACUAUCCGAUUGUUAUAUGAUCCUAUACAUGGUCAUUUAUUCGCCUUGGAGCAAUACGAUAAUGCUGGUUUAAGCGCAAAUACCAAUGAAAAAAUGGAUAAUAAUUUAAACUCUAAUAAUAUUCAAUCGCCAAUGAAUUCAUUUGAUGAUAGCCAAUUCCAUCAAGACUCUACUAUUACAGCACAGAAACAUGUAUUCUUUGUAGUCACCAACCAUGAAGGUAGUCCAACUGCAGUUUUUUCGGAGAAUGGAAAAUUGGCGUGGGCCGCUGAGUACUCUGCUACAGGAAGUCGUCGUCUAACACUACCCAAUCGUAGUAAUUUCUUCACUCGUGCUCUUAUUGAAGAGAUCGAUUUACCAUUGGGUCAUGCAUCAUGUGUUACAGAUUUUCAUACAGGCUUUCUAUUCUGUCCACCAGUUAAUCGUGCAUAUGAUCCUCUAGGUGCAACAUUCACUAGUCCAGAUUGGCGUGGUCUUGUUUCCUCACGACUGCCGAGUGUAAAACGUGAUCCAUCUGUUUUAGAUACGCAUAAAUGGGGUCUGAUUGAACAAGAAUCCUUAGGCAUCGGUCCAUAUGGUCUGUUUUCAGAACUUCGUAAAGCUAUGAAAUCGCCUACUUGGUGGCUUAAACAGAUCGGUUUCAAUGUGGAUAAUUUCCUCACAAAAUUUGACAUUUUUGAUGGUGGUAUGAAGAGUAGUAGUGAAAGCCUACUGAAGAACUUUCUGCCCUUAUUCCCAACUGAUAUCACUUCCAUCAAUCUAGUCAGUCAUACUCACAAUCAAGAAUAUAAACAAUUGAACAAAAAGUUGGAACGUCUUAGCAUGCUUGAAUCGAGUCGUUUAACUCCAGGUGGUCCACACGGCAGUGGGUUAUCUAGCUUUCUUCUUGACUCAACAGACGUUAACGACGAAAUAUCUUUACCUCUAUUGCCGGCUAAUACUAUGUUUGAAUCUGAAGUUGGUUAUUCACUGGAUCAAAAUGGAUAUGUUGAAGUUGUCUCCAUUAAUCAAUCACAACCAACUAAUAAUCAGUUUCAGUCUAAGCUAACAGACAGUUCACUGGUGAUAAAACUUGCCUCUAUACUUAUCUCAGGUACAAAUCUUGUCGACUGGUGGAGUUAUUCCAAGUCAUCUUCAUCGCUGGCAUCAACAAGAACAACGCCAACCUCCGCUUCAUCAUUGCCACCGAUGUCACAAUUUGAUACAGAACUGUUGUUUAUCCAGUUAUUUAUUUCGCCUAAAAAAGAUUUUCAGACUACACUUAAACAAUUGACUAUGCUAGGCAUUAAAUUACCAAUGUAUGAUACAAUGACUGGUAUUAAUUUAACUCUUAUGAAUUCAAAUGAUAAGUAUAAAGAAGUAUGGAUAACUCGGCAUAAUUUACAAUGGAGGAUAAGAUAUAUGAGCUCACCAGUGUCAUCUUCAUUGGCCUGGUCUUUCCUGAUCAAUUCAACUAUUGAUAAUGCAAGAGAACGUGGUGAAACUUCAGCCUGGUUAAAUGAAGCUAAAUUACUUCAACAAUUACUGUCAACAUCGACUUCACCAUCAUCAUCAUCAUCAACAGGAUCGAAAAUGGAGAAUUUUAUGAAUUUAAAUGCAAUUGUUAAUCACAGAUUAACAUCAAAGUAUAUACUAGGAUUCAAUUAUCCAUGGAAUAGGGAGGAAGUAAAUGAACUGGCACAGAGUCAUUCUGUUACAAAUUACCAAUGGAUUCCAUCGGUAGAUAUUUUACAGUAUCCUGUUCCCCCAUCUGCAUCGUCAACAUUAUCAUCACUGUCUUCGGAUACUUCUGCAUUUUGUAGACUUUAUGAUCAUGCAAGUAUGUAUCAGAUAAGACCAAAAGAAUUGAAUAAACAUGAGGAGAAGACAUGAAGAAAUACAAAAGUAGAUUUGGUGUAGUUUAUAAUCGAGAUUUACUAAGGUUGGUCUGUUAAUUGCAUUGUUAUUAUUCAUUUGUUUGUGUCACUGAACUUCAUAAGUGGUUAUUACUAAGGCGAAUAAUAAUAAUAAUAUUGAAGAAUUCAAUUAUCAAAAGAAUGAAUACCGAACAAAGAAUACUCUUUUCGAUAACUUCAUCAUCAGGCUCUACAGUUAUAUAUACAUUAUAGUGAAUGAAUUAGUGUUAUGAACAACAUAAAUGUUUCAAUAACAUCGAAUCAAUAAUAAUGAUAGAUUACAGCUGAAUAGCAUCAACAUAAAAUAAGCUGAAUGUCAGAAAAAUUAGGAAGGAUAAUGUUACAAAUCCAUGGAUUUGUAGUUUCUACUGAAGGCCGGCCAGGGCAGUAGUAGGGGCUGGACUUGCUUCUUUUGAACACAAAGCACUGGUUGUUUGAGGCGAAUCGCAAUAGCCUCUGCUGUUUGGAGGAUGCGGUGCUUCGAUGAUUUUGGCACUUUAUUUGGUACCCGGUAGACUAUAGAGAAGGAUUCUUCCAUGCUGGCUGGCUUUGUGGCCGGUUUGGACCAGAAGGUCCAAUAUCGAACUGUUAAUGGUUUUCACUACACCUUUACUCAAUGACGCAGAUGCAUCCACUCCUUG